AUGUCUAAAAUUUCUUUAAAAACUUCCAGCACGCAACCGUCGUUAAAAAAAUUGCCGAAGAAAGAUUUGAAGCCAUUUGGAUUUUGCUGUUCCCUGGAUCGUUUUAAUUCUCUUUCUCGAUAUGAUCAACGAUUGCCGCCCUAUGAGUCUUCGUUGACGGCAAUAACUUCGAUACACGAAUGUCCGACAGUUAAAAUGCGAAUGAAAUUUUCUACGUCGCGACUCUUGAGAGACAGGAAAAGAUCGACUAAAACGAAAACGUCGGAUGUGGAGGAUGAGCAACAACGAUUAGAAAAUGAUGUACUAAAUUAUUUCUUGACCCGUAGAAACAAUCGCUUUAUUAAGCAAUAUCUAGAGGAUGAAAUUGCAUUGGCAAAGGAUAUCUUCUGGGCGGAGAAACAAAGACGUUAUAACGAGGCAAGCGACAAAGCGAUUAAAAUAGCAAAGAAGAAAAACCAGAAAAAACUUGCAUUAAUAUCAAAAACAUAUCCACGAUGGUUUCAAGAUUUUUCUUUAGAUCAAAUGAAAAAUUUAAUGAAACUGCAAAAUGUAAUGCGGAUUGAUUACGAAGAGACAAAAACAAGUGGCACACAAAUGAUAUUGAUAGCUAUUGGCGUUAUUUCAACAUUUUUCAAAUUAGCCCCAAAUACUAUAAAAGAGUUGCAUAAAUCAAGUAACUUAAAUAGCGUCGAUUUUCUUCGAGAAAUUUACAAAAUUUUAACAGGAAAUGAUUUCUACCAAGAAGGAUAUAAAAAGGUUUACAGUUGUAAUGAGAGAAUAAUAUUGUCAGCCAUUGCAUUUUUAACAUUACCAGAAACGGUGAAGGAAUUACAUAAAAGAUUACCGCCAGUAAUCAUGCCAAAAUUACCACCAAAACCAAAACCACCAAUAUGUCUGCCACGGCAGAAAGAUAGCUGUCCUUAUAAGGAAGAAUUAUUUAAACGUCCUGAUUGGGCUGGUUACCGAAAUGCUUUACAAAAAUGGCGGAAGCAACGUAAAUUAAUUGCAAUUCCAAAAGUAACCUUAUCAUUAAACAACAAAUAUAAGAUUUUUAUCAAUAAUGGAUCUGAGAUUAAAGAGCGAGAAAAAGAUAUUUGUGCUGAAUAUCUUAAAAAAACUAGCACAAAGGAAUUGCAGGAGAUUUCUUUAACUACACGUGAACAGAACAGUGUAAUUGAUGAACAAAGAGACUUCAAAGAUAAAGAUUUUUCAAGAGAGAAAAAUGUAGAAACGGAAAGAUUAGCAAUUUUUGACAUUUUUCAAUCAGAGGGCAAAAAAUCCGAUUAUAAAAGUCUAGAAAUUUACAUAACAGAAGAUAUAACAUCUAAAACUUUAGAUCCGCCAAAACUGCUAGAAACAAAGCAAAAACUCUGGCUUGACGAAAAAAAUAUUCAUGAUGUGACUGCUGGCACGUUUAAAGAUUCACAAGAUUGUCCUGUAACCGAGAUCACAAACGAUAUAAUAAGUAAUGAAAAGUUCUUCUCAGUGCUGAAACUCGAUGAUCAGUCCAGAAAAGUUUUUCCCAGUGGUAGAGAAAAUCUAUCCAGAAAUUGGCAGGAGUGGUUGCAAAAUGUUGAUGAAGAUUAUAGACAGUUGGAAGAAGAAACUGAUGAGCUGAUUAGAAAUGUGCAGGCAAUUAUGAAAUUGGUAUUUCCCGUUUGUGACAGUUGUUGCUUGUGUCGACAAACCAGAAAGUUUUAUGAAAACUUGCAACAAAGCGAAAUUGAUAAGAUACCAAUCAGUAUGCAGAAUGGAGAGAAAAAUAUGCACAUUAUAGAUUCAAAGGAAGUACAAUCUUCAGAAGGGAAUGUGACAAAAUCAUCGAUUAAUCAGGUUACUUUGAAAGAUGAAGCCAAGACAAACAUUGAUAAUGUCAAAGAGACUGAGCAAUCUCAAUAUAUAUCCGAUACUCAAAAGGAUAAAAUACAUGUACUAUCGGAAAUACCUGAGUCUCCUCAAUUUAUCAAGAACAUUCCACCUUGUUCAUGUGCUAUUCGACAAAUGACUGACAAGGACAUAAGUCCGUCAAUGAGCAAAGAUGAUUUUUCUUGGAUAAAAGAAGAAGGAUUAUGUCCUGGAAAGAAGUACAGACCAGAUGAAUUAGGUGCAUAUUCUUGCAAGACGUAUCCUGAUGACAAAUGCUGCAAGUAUAAUCCUUUCUUAAAGGAAAUAAUGAACAUCUCACAAAUAGCGCCCUCGGCAAAAAUAUUAAAAACAGAUUAUGAAGCAAUUCCAAAGACUCCAACAUGGUUCACAACUUCUUCGCCAUUAAGAAUGCAAGAAAAAUCAAAUAACAUUUCUUCUUUAAAACAAUUUAAUAAAACUGACAAGUUAUCUAAGCAUAAAUUUACGAAAAAAAAUGAAACAAAAAAUGUAGUAAAUAAAACUGAGAAGAUCGCACGCAAACAUAAAAUGACAAAGUUAAAAAAUAUAUUCAAAUCUACUACAGGAAACCCACAUAACAUUCAAUCAGCGGUUCUCUCAAAAGAAUUACUAACAAUUAAUGAUUUUGCAGAAGAAAAUACUGAAAAGAAAUCUUGUAAUUGGAAAAUCAGAUCGGAGCAGGAUCUUCUGGCGAAAAAGACCCUGGCCUAUCUCUGCGAACCGGAUUAUCCUCUGGAAAUGAUGGCAGUUCGACCUGGAGGACAGCCAUGUCAAUGUAGGGAGAAAAGAAGAAAGAAAAAGAUCCUGAUAUCCAAUACAAAUGAUCUAAUGCACAAAGAAAGAACUAGGAAAACGGAAUUGGAGGAGGAAGAUGAAAUCAUCGAUGAUGUUUCUUACUUCACACCACCUAUCAGUCCACGAAGAAGUGAUGAAUAUAUUCCAGAGUAUGACAUUCUUAAAUCACCAUACGACAUGUGUGUUAGCGAAGCUAUGGAUAAAACGUUGAAGCUGAUCGAAAGGUAUUCUGGACCGAAAAGCUUGAUAGAGAAAAUACGAAAGAAACCAAAAUCAUGCAAUUGUACUAACAUUAUUACGAAAGAUAAUGGCUUAGUGAAUCAGAAUAAAAAUAUUGAAGAGGAACGAAAGAAAUUGAUGGAACUUAAAUCAUCGGAAGAAAGAUGGAAGAUAGCGUUGAAGGAUGCAGCAUUAAUGGAUUAUUUCACACGGCGCGAAGAUAAUACUCCUUGCUGGACGUCCUGCAAAAAAAUCGCUCGAGUUGCCAGGCCCCGCAGAUUGAAGAUAGUAAAACCUGUAUGCGAGUGUAAAUACGAGAGAAAAAUUGUGGAACAUGAAGAAAGAAAACAGAAAGCAUGUCAACAAAAAUUAGAUGAUCUGAAAAUAUCCACGUCGUUCCAAAUACCUAUGCACAGUAAAGAAGAUAUUCGACAAACUGUUGCCUUGCAUCGACAUUGGUCACCAAUAAAUAUUCCACCAGGUCCAUUACCAACGAAAGACGUCAUCUUAAAAAAAGAAAUGGAGGCUAGAAAGAAGGCUAGAGACGAGGCAUUUAAAUUAAUUUAUGGAGAUAAAAACGAGAAAAAUAUGUCUUAUUUGACGACUCGGGAAACAUUAGACGAACAAAAAUUGACGAAGAAAAUUCAGAAAAAAAUAGAUACGAAAGAAAGUUACACAAAUGUAAAAAAUAAAACACCAAAAACGAGAUCGAAAUUACAGUCAUUAAACAAGAAGACUAACAAAAUAGGACAUCAAACAGAUGCAAAUAAAGAAAAUGUCGAUAAAAUAAUUCGUAAAAAGAAGAUAUAUUCAGACGAAGUUGCUGAGGUUAAUCAUCAGAAAAAUGUAUUACACAAACAAGCGAUUGAACAGAAGACAGAAAAAAAGAUUAAUAAUGGAAGUCAUCGGUUAAAGGGCGGUGGUGAUAAGAAAUAUAUAAACAGCAAAUUUGAUCUUGUAACGAUAAUGAAGGCCGAAUUAGAGAAAAUGGCUGCGGAAGGUUAUACAUUCGCCAAGUUGCCAGAAUGUUAUCUAAUGCCACAGCUUCAAGAUUGGCUUAUGUACAGGAAGGGUGUCGCUUUCUCGGAAAUCGACAAAAAAAAUUUAAUGCAAGCAACCGUUGGCAUGUGGGCUUUAAUAAAUAAAAAAUUGAAGUUUGACAAGAAACCAUCACUACAUCUAACAGAGCAUCAGCUAAAGAGAUUAACUUACUAUCAUGCCGAGAAGAUAAAGGAGAAGAUUAGACAGACGACAGCGAUAUUUCACAGUAAAAUACGUAAAGCGCGUGUUUCUUAUGCUCGUAUUAUGUGGAGUACCAUGCAAUAUGGAAAAUUUCCUUCCAUGUCGUUCAAAAGAACUUUCUUUACAUAUAUGCCCAGUAAAGAGGCCGAUGGACACGUCUACAGACCGUGGUUGCCAUCUGAAGUUCAUGAACGAGAUUUCGAAUUUAGCUGUUAUUAAUAAUAAUUAUUGAGUGUUAUUAGAGUAAUUUA